GUUCGUUGAAAACAAUCAAAGUGUUCAGCGAUGAGAAGCGUUUUGCUAAUUUUACUGGCACUGACGGUGGCCAGUGCCAUCGAGAACCGUAGGGACACCCGCAUCACCGGUGGAGAUCAGGCCGGACCGGAUUUUCCUUUCACGGUAGGAAUUUUGAUCUCCGGAGACGAUGAGCAUACGUUUUGUGCCGGGAUUCUGGUGACUCCUCGAUUUGUACUGACCACUGCAAACUGUGUUAUUCGCCAGACAAUGUUAACCGUUCUGCUGGGAUCAACGGACAUCACCCGUGUGACGCAGUUUCUAGCGGUUACCAACGUUCGACUGCACUGGAAUCACAGUUCGACGGUGAUCAGCCGAGCCGAUUUGGCGAUCCUCACGUUGGCUCGGGAGGCUACCCUAGGUCCUACAGUGGCCGUUGCCAGACUUCCCAGUAAGUCUCAAGUAGACGAAACGUUCAACGGAUUUGGAUCCACUAUGGUCGGGUGGGGUAAAUCGGGACAUCGAGAGGACGAAUCCGUACCGUUGCAACAUUUGCAGGUCGUGCGUAAUCCGAUCAUCAGUAACCGUUCCUGUGGAUUGUCCCACACAUUCAUUACGGAUGAACACGUUUGCACCUCCGGGGACAAUGGUGGUCCAUGUGAGGGAGACGAGGGAGGUCCAGUGAUGAUAACCGAGGGCGGUGAAUUUACUGUGAUCGCUAUUCAUUCGUACCACUUCGGCGGUAUCGGAGGAUGUGGACGCGGACGAUCGGCCGUUCACACGCGUCUCACCGAACACCUGGAAUGGCUGGAGCAGCACACAGGGGUCGAGAUAAGACCAUAAUUGGCGACACAAGAUUUGUUGACUAUGAUGAACGCGACUUGCAAUAAAUUUAUUUUGGCUUCAUUAAA